AUGGAGAGGCUUGUCUGCACGGAACGAAAGCUGCUUAGACGGCUGCUUGGCUACUUUUGGCCUAGGGUAUACCGCAAUGAAGAUCUCUAUGCAGAAAUUGAUGUGGUAUACCGGCGGAUGAAACGUGGAAGGCAUCAACAUCUUGCACCGCCAUCGAAAGUGGCUAAAGUAAAUCGACUUCGCUUCUUUGGUCAUAUAUUAAGGAGACCGGUAGAUCGCCUUGUUCAACGAGUUCUGAGGAGUUCGUCGGGUUCGAGCUGGAAGAAGCCACCUGGCCGAAAACGGAAGUUCUGGACUGAGGCGGUGAAAGAGGACCUGAGGACGCUCGGCGUGGAUAGGCAGUUCAGGCAAGACAAGAUCGAGAAGGUUGGGCAGAGCUGUGUUCAAGGACGGCACACCUCGGCGAGGAUGCGGGUAAUCGCGUCAGGCGAUGACAUCAGCCCGCCGAUUAAGUCAAAACUAAAAGAUUGGGGAGAGCCAGGUUCACGGGCGAAGCACCUUAGCGAAGAUGCGAGCAACAGUAGUGGGUGGCAGUACCAGUCAGAACCGAUUGAAUGA